AUGGGCAGGGAAAACCAGACAUGGCUGAGUGAGUUCAUUCUGCUGGGGCUGUCCAGUGACUGGGAGACUCAGGUCUCCUUCAUUGUCCUGUUCCUGGCCAUGUAUAUGGUGACCAUGCUGGGGAACUUUCUCGUCCUCCUUCUUAUCAGGCUGGACAACAGGCUUAAUACCUUCAUGUACCUUUUCCUGAGUGUCCUGUCAUCGGUGGACAUCUGUUAUACCAAUAGCACUGUCCCACAGAUGUCUGUUCACUUCCUGUCAGCCUGGAAGUCCAUCCCAUUCCACAGCUGUGUGCUCCAGCUGUAUAUCUCCCUAGCAAUGGGCAGCGCAGAGUUUUUCCUGCUGGCAGCCAUGGCCUAUGACCGCUAUGUUGCAGUUUGCCACCCACUGCACUACACUGUCGUCAUGCGUGGAAGGCUGUGCCUGGGGCUUGCUGCCGGCUGUUUGGUGGCUGCUUUCACAAAUUCACUGAUGGAGACCAUCACCAUCUUCCAGUUACCCUUGUGUCAUAAUGUCAUUAACCACUUUGCCUGUGAGAUGUUGGCAGUGCUGAGGCUGACCUGUGUGGACAUCUCCUUCAACAAGGUUAUGGUGGCCAUCUCAGGAUUCCUGGUGAUCAUGCUGCCCUGCUUCCUAGUCCUUUUCUCCUAUGCUCAUAUAGUUGCUGCCAUUCUGCGCAUUGGCUCUGCCCAGGGACGCUGCAGAGCUUUUGGGACCUGCACCUCCCAUCUUACUGUGGUUUCCAUGUGCUUUGGAACAGCUAUUUUCACAUACAUGAGACCUGUGGGUGGCUCCUCAGCAGAGCAGAAGAUGGUUGCCCUCUUCUAUGCCAUGGUGACCCUGAUGCUGAAUCCCUUAAUCUACAGUUUGAGGAACAAGGACGUGAUAAGUGCCUUAUAA